GUUAGAGCACAUGUUCCUCUCACUGUCAAGUAAAAGGAAGCAUGAAGCAGCUCCGAUCAGCUCAUUCUCAUUGUUUUACUGCGUGUUUUUCAGCCACUUGGUUGGUUUUUGGUUUGGUUUUUAAGCUUCAGAAAAAAAAAACCCUGAAGUUUGUUGACUUUUCCGUCGUGGAUUUUGAGGCGCAGCGAAAUUACUCAGUAACGAAUGAAAAUCUGCUUCAGACUCCGCAACCAUGGAAAGAAGUUGCUUUUUCUCUUGUCGAUUUUGGUAUUUUGUGGUCUGAUCAUAUAUGUGAAAAUUACCAAUGAUGAUAACGACAUUAAAUAUAAUGAAACCACCCUAACAAAUAUUCAGUGGCGUUUCACUGAACAAAAUGGAAUCAACUGUUCGGAUAUUUAUGACAUGGACCCUGUUGCUUUGGGCAAGUCUUUGAAACUCAGAAAGAAAAUCCCACACACUCCAAAUGACAAUGUCAUUGUGAAUGUAACUUUGGACUGUGAGCACUUUUUGGCAUUAAGGAGGUACAAUGAAGUCCAGGUAUCAGAGCAAGAACUCAAUUUUCCACUUGCUUACUCACUGGUGGUGCACAAAGAUGCUUACUUGGUGGAGCGGCUCCUGCGUGCCAUUUAUGCCCCACACAACAUAUAUUGCAUCCACUAUGACCUGAAAUCAGCAUCUGCUUUCACCGAAGCAAUACGUGGUCUGGCACGCUGCAUUCCAAAUGUCUUUGUGGCUUCACAGUUAGAGAUGGUGCAGUACGCGGGCAUCUCACGCCUCCGUGCUGACCUCAACUGCCUCUCUGAUCUCCAAAACUCGAAGAUCCACUGGAGAUAUGCCAUCAACUUAUGUGGCCAGGAUUUUCCACUCCGUUCCAAUGCAGAACUUGUAUCAGAGCUCAAGGCCCUAAAAGGUAUGAGCAUGCUCGAGACAGUCCGUCCCAGUAAAUACAAAAAGCAGCGCUUCACCUACCACUUUAGGCUCAAAGAUGUCCAAUUUCAGUAUCUUGCUACUCCAGUCAAAACAGGUGAGAAGAAACAGCCUCCACCUCAUAACAUUGAGAUCUUUGUGGGCAGUGCUUACUUUGUUCUCUCCCGGGAAUUUGUAAACUUUGUGCACUGGAGUCCUCUGGUAAAAGACUUUCUAGCUUGGUCUUAUGACACAUAUUCACCUGAUGAACAUUUCUGGGCCACCUUAAUUCGCAUCCCUGGAGUCCCUGGUGAGAUCAAAAGGUCGGACCCAGACGUUUCGGACCUGAUGAGCAAAACACGGCUGGUGAAAUGGGAAUACCUGGAGGGGAAGCUUUAUCCAGCAUGCACAGGGGUACAUGUACACAGCGUGUGUAUUUAUGGUUCUGCCGAGCUUCGGUGGCUACUCAAUGAUGGACACUGGUUUGCCAAUAAGUUUGAUCUGAAGGUAGACCCAGUGAUCGUUGAAUGUCUUGAAAGGAACUUGAAUGAGAGACAGAAUGCAAUAGAUACAACAUAAUUUUCACUGUGACUUUGUAUGUGCUCCUGUACUGACAGAUUCGGCUAGAAAAAAAAUUUAUCUUAUGAAUGUGCUAUUUUUUUCUGAAAUGGUGAGAAUGCACUUUUAAGGUAGAUAUUUGGUUCCAGAUUUUUCAAUUAAGGGGUCUGAAAAUGUUGUUAUGAAGCUGAGAAUUUCAGUAGUUUUCUGGCGAUUUCUAGACAUUGUUUUUUAUACAUAUUUUUAUCCUCUAGGACCAUGGUGCCACAUUUAAGGCAAUGCAAGACUCAGUACACAAUAGUGACAAUUUAGCUUCACAUCUAUGAUGCAUAAAUGUUGGAGCCAAAGCCAUGUGUAAUUUUGUCCAUGACAAGUCAGAGUAUAAACUUUUGUAGUGUCCACCCAGAGCUGGAAAACACUGACAUGACUCUGAUGUUUGCCAGUUUGUUUUUUUGCCAGUUUGUUUUUAUAUAGUAUCCAUCCUGACAACUACAGUACAGUUCAAACUAAAAUGAACUUCCUAUUGGUUGUUGUACUUAGCACUGAAGUUUUGUUCAAUACUGGAUGUUCAAUUAAAUUUUUACAUGUUUUAAAUUUUGCAUUUUUUAAUCUAUACCUAAUGUGCAAGCCAGAAAUGAUGGGAAAUAAAAGAAAUCCAUACUAAUCUGUAUGUAACUCAACAGUGCAACUGUAAAUAUUUUAUAUUUUUAUAUUUAAUAUUAAAUAUAUUUUCCCAUAUGUGUGUAUAGUGAGAACAUGGUCACGUGUGUGCAUAGUGAAACAUGGUCAACACUGCAAAAUGGCUGCAGGCACGACAAUUUCCAGCAGUAUACUGUAUCAUGCGCUAAGGUAUUAAGACUAAAUACGUAAAGUUAGCUUUUAUUAUUUAUGACUAAAUUAUUUUUAGGGUGGUUGCAAUUUAUGUUUUACAACUGUAUAAAUUACAAUCUAUCCGAAUAUUGAUUUAUUUGAUUAAUUUUCAGCUUUUAGUCACUUUCUCUCAACACUGAGUUUGAGUUAAUUUAGUGAUAAAUGAAAAUAUUGCUUGAAAAUAAACUUUUUGAUGUGA